ACGUUUUGUUUUCCUUUCUCUCAGCGCAGGGGAAUCAAUCAAAACUCUUGCGAAAAUCGUGAAUUUUCAUAUUUUCCGGAGGUUUUGAAGUGAAAAUUUGUAAAUAGAACAUUGUGGGGUGUUCAAGAAGUUCCUCAAGAAUGGAUCCAGCACUUCUCCGAGAGCGAGAAGCGUUCAAGAAACGCGCUAUCGCGACUCCUACUGUGGAGAAGAAGAGUCGCCCAGAAGGAUCAUCCCAGCAGAGAGAUGAGAGCAAGAAGAAAAUCCGUCCACCCAGCAGUGGUCCAAAGCUCGAUAGCUCAAACUACAAAACAAUGACAGGAAGUUCUCAGUAUCGCUUCGGGGUACUGGCAAAGAUCGUGAAGCAUAUGCGGACACGUCAUCAGGAUGGGGAUGAUCAUCCACUGACAAUGGAAGAGAUUCUCGAUGAGACAAAUCAACUUGAUAUCGGUUCGGGGGUGAAGAAUUGGCUCCAAACUGAGGCUUUGAUGAAUAAUCCCAAAAUUGACGUGAUCGAUGGGAAUAGAUUUGCCUUCAAGCCAGUCUAUCGGAUCCGGGAUGGGAAGAGUUUGCUAAAAUUACUGAAGCAGCAUGAUUUGAAGGGAUUAGGUGGGGUACUACUGGAGGAUGUUCAAGAAUCUCUGCCACACUGUGAGAAAGCCCUGAAGAAUCGUGCCAGUGAGAUUGUCUACAUAACACGGCCAAUUGAUAAGAAGAAAAUUCUCUUCUACAACGACAAAACGGCCAACUUUGUCGUUGAUGAGGAAUUCCAGAAGUUCUGGCGAGCUGUCACGGUGGAUGCAAUGGAUGAUGGGAAGAUUGAUGAGUACCUGGAGAAGCAGGGAAUACGCUCAAUGCAGGAUCAUGGGAUUAAGAAGCCCGUCCUGCCAAAGCGGAAAAAGCCCCCGAAUAAGAAGAGGCAAUUCAAGAAGCCGCGCGAUAAUGAGCAUCUUGCGGAUGUUCUGGAAACCUACGAGGAUAACACGCUAACACAGAAGGGGGCUACUGCGUAGGUGCCAAAGCAGGUUUCACCAGAAAUUCCUCUCAAAUCCCAUAAAAAGAAUAAAAUUUGAUAAUGGCCAAUUGAA